ACGAAUACAAUGGGAAAAAGAAAAAUGGGGUAUAGAAAGAUCUGGAUUCACAAAAGAACAACAAAAAGAAUUCUUUAAUCAAUCAAACGAUAAAUUAAAUCAAACAAAUAAUGAUACAAUUUCGGUUAAUUCACUUCAAAUAACUACACCUAAUCCGUUAAAAAUUUCACCUGAACUUGUUACAACACCAAAACCAUUAAAGAUUUCUCCUGAAAUUGCUAAUGUUAAUGAUGGUAAUAUUAAAAAUCAACAUAGAAGGCAAGAAUCUGAGUUAUAUCCUGAGGAACCGUCAACUCCGGUAGUUUGUCAACAAUUAUUUCAUCAACAACAUUAUUAUCCAGAUCAACGACAAGAUUAUGAUAUAGAUGUGGAACACUCUCAGCAUCCCACAUAUCCUUAUCAUCCAGAAAGUGGUCAAUAUGAAGGAUAUCCUUAA